GUCGUCGUCGUCGUCGUCGUCGUUGUUGUUGUUGUUGUUGUUGUUGUUGUUGGUGGUGGUGGUCUGUUCGCUUUUGGCCUCAUCUCAUAGACCAUUAACUAACCGGCACUAGUAAUCCUAGUGGUCCGCAACAGCAGUGUCUGUCCGGGAAUAGUAGGACCAAACAAACAACUGCUGUUGCUUCCGCUACCAUGGAUGAACAGAUGAGGCAGCAGCUGAUGGUGAAUCAGUUCGUGUUGAUGGCAGGCUGCGCGCAUGACCAAGCGCGCCAGCUGCUUCAAUCAACCCAGUGGCAGUUCGAGAAGGCGUUGAGUGUUUUUUGGGAGGAAGCAGCCGUCAACGUUAAUUUUGGACCAACGCAAUAUAACCCGAUAUGCACGCCUGCCAAUACGCCGGCUACACCGCCUAAUUUUCCGGAGACGUUGACCGCAUUCUCGAAGUUGUCGACUUCGCCAAAUACCACCUCCCACCCUGACUGUCCCUCGUACCGGGGGCAGAGUUCACCUAAAGGUCUACAAGCCAUGCGAGGUCCGCAGCACUCGCAAUACCCGCAACAACAUCACCAGCAUCCACAACGAAACGCCGCUGGAAACACGAGCAAUUAAUUAAUCACCGGAGAAUGGGGGUGCAUGAACAUACAGGAAGAUUACAUGAACCAAGAAAAUAGUCUACACAGAUAUGGGAGCAGGUAGCCCUUGGAGGAAGAUUUGCGAAUUCUUGAUUAUUUAUAGGGCAAGUAAAGCCGUCUAACCCAGUCGGUCUUUUUUUCAAAUAAGAAAAAAGAUCAAAGUUUCUUGGUGUAGUGGCUAUUACUACUACAGUGUCUGUGGAAUACAGUUUAUGCUCAGGAGAUAAUGUUGCCUCACGAAGUAGUCAUACGUGAAGUUGCAGUGAGGGCCGGAGCGUAGCGCUCAGGUUGCACAAGCGAAAAACAAUACAAUAGCAUGCAACAUCUACACGGAGAAGUAGAUAAACUUAUUUACAUACACACAAACAGAACUCUAGCGACAUCUGCAGUGAGAUAACGUCAAAAGUAAAAUGCUGGUAUUCGUGGCAUCGGAAGUGGAAAAAUGAAGGUGAGGCAUCAAGAUGAAAUUAGCAACCAGGUGUACCUAUUUAUCCAGAAAAUAUUUUAGUUGUACGUUUGCUUUACUUGGUUGUAAUCGAUUGACGCUAUCCAGUAUAAGGUUGAACAUGAUCUAAUGACAAAGGCUGUGAAAGAAUCACUCGAUUUCUCGCUGUAUAUAGAAGGCGUUGCCUGUCAGAUCGGGAAAAAAGAACUAGAUCUACUUGCAUUUCAUACUCAUGGUAUUUCCUAAUGUCCGAUCGAUUGCUACAUCAUCUGAAUGAGUUCAGUAAUUAGUCCAUUCAGCGAAUCGUGGUGCACAUUCCUUGUCCACGUUAUAAUUAUUGUUCUCUCAGUAUAUUAUUUCACUUCUUAUUGACAGAAAAGCCUGUUAUCAUUGUCACAAACGGGUCUCUACACGAAUCCCGGAAAGUAGUCGAUGCUGCUAGAAUGUUGCGGCUGCUUCUGUACGAGGCUGCCAUUAACGUUGCGAGGUGGCAGCAACGUUCAGAAGGCUCAGAAGUUGAAACUCGAACUUAUUCAUGCGGUUGUAUCAUUUGCAUGCUGCGGGCCUUCACGCAAAUGCUGACAUGAACCAUGUAUCCAUUUAUCAAUUACAUCUCAAACUAGAUAACGCACCUCAUUUAUUUUUUCAUUCGUUGUAUCUAAUGGUAAAGAACAACACCCAUAAGAGUACCACUUAAAAAUAAUAACCUUUAAUUUGAUAAUACAACAGAUAUACAGUUGCACCCAUGACGAAACGACAACCCUAACAGGCGGUUUUCCUAAUUUCAUUGAUAUAAAAUAUUAACGCAUAUAUAUAUAUACGAGUAAGUACGGCAAUGAUGCAUAAUAGAUAUUCGUCAAUACUAAUUGAUUAUAUUCUACGACACAGGUUAUUAACAGUGAAAACCAAAUGCCCAACCCUCUAUCUGUGUGUAUGUAUAUGUAGAGAGUAGAGCCUAAUAGCUCUAGUUGUGUGGUAAUUUGCCUCCGCUACCGCUUCCCGCGAGCAACAAUAAUAUUCAUAUACAUAUUAUUGAUAUUUAUGAGAUUUGAGUGUAUUGUAUAAGAACACAUAUAUAUAUAUAUAUAUAUAUAUAUAUAUAUAUAUAUAUAUAUAUAUAUAUAUAUUAGAACGUCGUCACAAUGGUGUGCGAUGUAUCUAUCGAACUUGAAGAACUGUCGAAACUAAUAGUAAAAAUAAUAAUGAUACGUAUGAGUAUAACUGUGAAGUGAUGAUAUAGUGAAGGUCUGUAUAUGUGAUGACAACGAGAAACUUGUGGUAAAGGUUGAGCUCUUAUCGCGUUGGAGAUUUUCAUUUGCAUCGCAAUCAUUUCCAUUAUAAAACGUCGAUAGUAUAAAUUGAGGGACACUCACACACGUACAAACGUACACGUGCAUGUCAAAGACAAUACAAAAGGCCUAGCUUGCAUAUACAUGUGAAGCAUUAUCAUCACCUUCUUGACACAUGACUACAAAUAGUUUAUGCCACACACUAUUAUCUAAUAUUAAUAACGUUUCAAAACACAUUAUUAAUAAUUUUUCGCCUGAGAAAAGAUAAAGCCAAUACUGAUCCUGCGCCAUCACCUAUUUAUUAUUAUAUUAUAGCUAUUGACAAGAUCAUAUCGGGCAUUGUGUUUUGUUGUUGAAUGUGACUUAGAACAUGGCACUGAUAACUGAGCAGAUCUGACGACAAUGAAUGUAAAAUACGUUACACAGAUACGUGUAAUAAUUGAGAUGGAAUGACUGGCGUGCGUGACGUUGGCAAGUGGAUGCUCGAGAGGCAGUAGUGAGAAGCACUAAUGUUUUGUUUGGUGAAUAUUUAAUUAAUCAUUUAAAUUAUUGUCAUUAAAAAUAAUCAUAUGUAAUGUGUGAUGAGAAUGAUGAUCAUCUUCGGAUGGUUGAUGAAACUGGAUCGCGUGCAUAGCAUAAAGCUCAACGAGGAAAACCUUUAGCAUUCACUUCGAUUACGUAGUAGUGGUUUCGAGCUGAAACAAACGAGUGGAACAGCAGGGCAGCUGCAGAAAUAAUAAUGAGAACAAUUUUAGAAGUAAACAGAUAAAAUAUCUAGCAAGCAACCUUUGAGCGCCUGUUCAUUUCAAGCAGAAGGCAUACUUAUCAGCCUUAUUCGUCAAUGGAUCAAUACAGUAAUAUCGUAAGUGCAAUCUACGUUGGAUUAUUUGUCUUUUUCCCGCGUCCUUUUAUGGUACGGUUCAAAGCUGUAUUCGUAUAAUGUUAUUAUCUAGCGAGUUGAUACAAAUAUGUUAUAGCACGCACCAGACACUUACCUUUCAUUCUAUUUAAUUUUGCAAUUGGAUAUGUUUAGUUUCGUACAUCGGAAAGCCAUACUACCUUAUCCAUUUGCAAAUAGUCGUGGAGACGGACAUUUCUAUGGUGGUUCUAUUCGUGGCGGAUUCGACUCGUGUUUAACGUUAUUCAGAAAUAGAAUUAGCUCAAUUCUCUUGUGUAGCGGGUUAGCUAUAACAGUCGAGAGUUCAAAACCGAUGAUUGAGGACAAAAUGGGGUUGAAUGCGUGCUUAUCGAAUAUAAGCUACGUUCAGUAAAUGGAUGUGCUCAAUACACCUGUAGCAGGAGCCUCAUAGUCGACAACCUCAUAAUAGAACUGAUGUGGCCACUACACAGGAAAACGUAUAGAAAAAAAAAUGCUUAGUCAAGGGCAUGUAAGGAAAGAUAAAAUUGUUGAAAACUUUU